CAAACAACAACACAACACGACACACACACACAAUGCUUAACGUUACCGAACAAUUCUGAUUACGACCCUUUGCCUAAGCUUUUACCGUACUCUCUUCUCUUCCCUUCCUUUAUUACUAUUUCAAAACAUUAAUUUGUCAUCACUCACUUCAAAUUUCAAAAUAAUAAUCAAAUACCGAAAAUGCCCGUAGCCACUAAGCUUCAAUCUCAUGCUAAACCGGUUACUGAACCGCGAGCUCGAGCUAUUCUGAAACCAGGCGGAAACAUAGUAACAGUUCAUGAAGAAACAACAAAACGUAAGAAGGAGAAUUUGAAGAAGAAAACACAGGUUCCAAAGAUACAAGAGCGGGAAAUUUCUGAUUCUGUUGUGGGAAAUAACAACGUCUCUUUGGACAGCACAUGUUCCUCGGAUUCCUCUUCAGGAAAUUCAUUGGUGAAAAAGGUCAACUCUGAGAAUGGAAAUGGAAGUGCAAAGAUGAAGCGCAAUAACGGGUUUAAGCCAGUGAGGAUUGUCCCAGAUGCUUCCCACGUGUCUCCGCCUCAUAAGACCUCGGCACCGUCCAAGAGAUGUGAUUGGAUCACACCAAAUGCUGACCCUCUUUAUACUGCUUUCCAUGACGAUGAAUGGGGUGUUCCAGUUCUUGAUGAUGAUAGAAAGCUAUUUGAGCUUCUAGUAUUUUCACAGGCAUUAGCAGAACACACUUGGCCAACAAUCCUUAACCACAGAGACAUAUUCAGGAAGCUUUUUGAAAAUUUUGACCCAUCCUCAAUUGCACAAUUUACUGAGAAGAAUUUGGUAACACCAAAAUUAAAUGGCAACCCUUUGUUAUCAGAACAAAAGCUACGUGCUGUUGUGGAAAAUGCUAAACAAUUCCUUAAGAUUCAGCUGGAGUUUGGUUCAUUCAGCAAUUACUGCUGGAAAUUUGUUAACAACAAACCAAUAAAAAAUGAAUUUCGAUAUGGGCGUCAAGUACCUGUGAAGAAUCCAAAAGCAGAACUCAUUAGCAAGGAUAUGAUGCGCAGAGGUUUCCAAUGUGUUGGACCAAAAGUUGUUUAUUCCUUCAUGCAAGUAGCAGGACUCGUUAAUGAUCACCUAAUAACAUGCUUCAGGUACCAAGAAUGCAACGUGGCAAUCAAAACCGAAAUUAAAACUGAGGUUAAGGAAAUAAAGGUAUAAAAUGAAACUUUGAAGUUGACUCAGAUGUUAUCCAAUUGGAGAUGAUAUUCAAACAUGUGGGGUCGAUUGUUUUGCUGAUUAUUGUAUAAUAGCAUAAGUAUGUAUUAAUAUGUUUAUUCUUUCUUAAUCUGUUUGUAAUUGUAUGGUACCUAACCUAACCAGAAAACGAUAGGUCUUAUCUUGUUUUUUGAUGUCCCCACGUGAAAGUGUAAUGUUUCUUUUGGGAUACUUGCUGAUAGGUUCUGUUUCAGUGUUCUGUAAUAAAUUUCCAACUUUAGCAAUACAUCUUGUACAAUUGAUAAUG